UAAAUCAAACGCACCGAAAUAAGCAUCAGACAGUUAUUGUUGUCAUGCACUUGUUUGAUAGCAUGUGAACGAGUAAAGUUUCCAACAAAUCUUGGAUACUGUGACCAGUAAUUUUGUUCUAUUCAAAAAUGAACUUCUCUGAAGUCUUAAAACAGUCUAACCAACUGUGCAGAGUUUCACCAGAUGGAAAAUAUUUGGCCACAUGUGUGCAGUACAGGCUGGUGGUGCGAGACGUGAACACCCUACAGAUCUUGCACCUUUACACCUGCCUGGACCAGAUAGUCCACAUGGAGUGGUCCUCUGACUCGCUCUUCAUUCUCUGUGCCAUGUAUAAGAGGGGACUAGUGCAGGUGUGGUCUCUGGAACAGCCCGACUGGUACUGUAAGAUUGACGAGGGCUCGAUAGGACUAGUCUCCUCGCGCUGGAGCCCAGAUGGACGUCACAUUCUCAACACUACAGAGUUUCAUCUGAGAGUUACCGUCUGGUCCUUGUGCACCAAAGCCGUAUCUUACAUCAAGUAUCCCAAGGCAUGUCAGAAGGGGAUAGACUUCAGCAGGGACGGCUGCUACAUGGCCCUAGCAGAGCGCCGCGACUGCAAAGACUACGUUAGCAUGUUUGUGUGUGACGACUGGCACCUACUGAGGCACUUUGAAACAGAGACCCAGGACUUGGCGGGGGUGGAGUGGUCUCCUAAUGGCUGUGUUCUGGCUGUGUGGGACAGCUGUUUAGAGUACAAGGUGCUGCUGUACUCGCUGGACGGCCGGCUGCUGUCCACCUUCAGUGCGUAUGAGUGGUCGCUGGGCAUCAAGUCUCUGGCCUGGAGUCCCAGCAGCCAGUUCCUGGCCAUCGGCAGCUAUGAUGAAAAGGUGCGGAUCCUAAACCACAUCACCUGGAAGAAAGUGACUGAGUUUGACCACCCAGCCACCAUCAACAAUACUAAAGCUGUGAUCUACAAGGAGGUGGAGAGGAGGCCGGUGGUGGGGAGUGCAGACCUGUCCAUCCAGCAACACAUCACCAUGGGGAGCACCCUUUUCAACACACAGAGUAAAUAUGAGAUCUGCCCAUUGCCAGUCCAGGUACCUGUGGUCAAACCUGACCUGGACCGUGCCAACCCUAAAGUCGGGGUCUCCUCCAUGGCUUUCAGCUCGGACAACCGCUACCUGGCCACGAAGAAUGACAACAUGGCCUGCGUGGUGUGGGUAUGGGACAUGCAGAGGCUGGGGCUGCUGGCGGUUCUGGAGCAGACGUCGGCCGUGCGCUGCUUCCAGUGGGACCCCCGUCGACCCCGUCUGGCCCUUUGCACCGGCAACGCCAAGCUCUACCUCUGGUCCCCCGCAGGCUGCGUCUCUGUCCAGGUCCCCGCUGAAGGUGGUUUCCAGGUGCAAUCACUGAAUUGGCACUGCAGUGGAGACUCCCUGAUCCUGCUGGGGAAAGAGCAGCUGUGUCUGUGCUACAUGGAGACGGAGGAGGAAGAGGACACCGACAAGUGAAACAGCCCCACAUCCUCUCUCCUAUGGGGCCAGAGCAUUAAGAUUAGUACUCCAAAGACUGUCUGACCCACUUCCAGACACCAUGCUCAAUCAGGGCUGUGGUCUGCACUCUGACAGUCAACUCCAUGGCCAUUAAACAGUGGUCAUGUACUUGCACUGGCCAGUGUUGGCCAUCACUGCAGGUAACGUUCCACUUAUUUAGGGGAGGACCACAAUAUAGGGCAGGCGAUGAAUGAGGUCAUAUUAAAGCUCCUGUAGUAUUUGUUAAAAGAUAAUGUUUACAAAGUCUAUUUGUCAAAUCUGUCAUUUUUAAUCAUUAAGUAUUUGAUUUGUGUUGAUGUCUAGAGGUAACAAUUAUUUUGUAAUAAAGUUUGCUACGAAUA